UCCUCGUUGGGGUGCCAGAGUGAGCACGAUAGCACCUCUGGUGCCCUCGGCCGUGGGUCCCGAGGGGACGGACGCCAUGGCGGCCUCUUCGUCCUCGUCGAGCGGCGAGCAACAGUACUCACUCAGGUGGAACGACUUCCACUCGAGCAUCCUCAGUUCAUUUCGUCAUCUGAGGGACGAGGAGGAUUUCGUGGAUGUGACACUGGCAUGCGACAGUAGCAGCUUCACCGCGCACAAGGUCGUCCUCUCCGCGUGCAGUCCGUACUUCCGGAGGCUCCUAAAGGCGAACCCAUGCCAGCAUCCGAUCGUGAUCUUGAGGGACGUUGCCUCGUCGGAUAUGGAGUCUUUGUUGCGCUUCAUGUACCAUGGCGAGGUGCACGUGGGUCAAGAACAGUUGGCCGCGUUCCUGAAGACGGCGCAGAUGCUUCAGGUUCGAGGGUUAGCUGACGUCAACAGCGGCGCUGCGACAGCGAAGAUCCCGCCGCCCUCGUCUUCUGGCGGAUACAACGGUAGCGCUCCGGCGACGCCACGCAAUCCUUGGCAAGACAACGGUAGAGGAGACUUGAACGAGAGUGCUCUAAGUCCGCCGCCAGAGAAGAGACCCAGAAGUCAGAGUCCGCCACUUGGUAACCAUGUCGAGCCAAAGUCGGACCUUCAGGAAUCGCUUUUGGGCCAGGCACUGGAAGGAGGACCCACGAUACACACAACGCCCACCAAUAACGUACAGGCACAGUCUACCGGUGAGGACUCGAACUCGAUGUCGGAGAACGAGGAGGACAUGUCGAAUAACGACAGUAUCCUGAACUCCGUGAAGACGGAACCAAGCGACAUCUUGAACGACUCCAUGGAACAUCAUCGUAACUCGUUUCCGGCGGCGCUUUUGGGACUACCAGGACUGAUACCAGGACCAUCGGGGAUCCACGCGGCGAAUCAGGAUCCGAAUUACGUCGCCCGGCGUGGUCUGGACAUGACGCGGGUCCGCGCGACAGAUCCACGUCCCUGCCCGAAGUGCGGCAAGAUCUAUCGAUCCGCUCACACGUUGCGCACCCAUCUGGAGGACAAGCACACGAUCUGUCCGGGUUAUCGUUGCGUCUUAUGCGGCACCGUGGCGAAGUCGCGGAACUCGUUGCACUCGCACAUGUCGCGACAGCAUCGUGGCAUAAGCACCAAGGAUCUACCAGUCUUACCUAUGCCGAGUCCGUUCGAUCCCGAACUGGCCUCUCGUCUGCUAGCCAAGGCAGGUGUCAAGGUGAGUCCAGCUGAGCUACGAGCACGAGCGAGUCCGACUGGUCCGAGAAGAGGUGACAUGAGGCUGGAGAUCCCUCGAGGUGGAGCUCCAUCCGAGGCAGGCAGCAGCAUUUGCGGCGGCGACGAUCCAGAAGACCUGACCUUGCCGUUGAGUCUCAGGUACGGUUCGCCGACUCCCAACAACAAUACUGUGAUCACCAAAGUCAGCGGCAGCAACAGCAGUAGCGGUGCGAAGAACUCGACAGCAACAGCGAUAGCAGCCAAAUCAUUGGACACUAUGCACGGUAGCCGUGAGCCUAACACAGCGCCUCUUCAUCCACCUGGACAUCUUCAUCCGAGCCAUCACAACACCAGCGCGACUGGAUCAGCGAUCCUGGACACCUACUUGCAGUUCAUCGCGGAGAAUUCCGGCCUUGCGACGAUGGGUCUGAGCCCAGAGCAAGCUGCCGCUGUGGCGGCCGCUCAUGCUGCUAAAAUGGCCCACAUGAGCGCGAUGGAUAAGUUAGGGGGUCGCGGGAUCGAGGAUUACCCUAUGAUCGGUAGAGACGAGGGGCGAGGACUGGGUGUUGUGCACGAGGAUCGAUCGGAUCUCUUGCAAGAUAGGCACGGUGGACUGAUGGACGAAGGUGAUUCUUCUGGCGGUGAAGAGGAUGAUUACAGCGAUAACGAAGAGCCAGAGAUUGUGAAAGCGGAAUAAGGUGAA